AUGACGAACUUCCUGUUGAAACUCAAAAAGGGAGCCAGGCAGCUUCUGCCUAGCUAUUUAUCCACAACGACAGCUGAGAAAGUCGAAGAAAAUAUGGAAAAAGAAAUCUUUGAGGGCAGAUACACUGAUGAAUCUGUGGUUGCGCAACAUUUGCGGGCAAUCUUUCCAGGCCAAAGAUUCCAGAUCUCUUCAGAGAGAGGCAGAAUAUUUUGCAACAUUCCGCGCAAGCUGACACCGGCCGAACAAGAAGUCAUAGCGAAAGCAAUUCGAGCAGAUCGUUACGCUCCUGUUCGUUGA